CCACGCCCAACAAACACAACACAACACACGCCAUUGUGUUGUUCCUUGCUUGCUUGCUUGCUGCGUCGAGGAAGACCAUGCAGGACCUGCAGGCAGCAGCGGGGUCGCAGGGACGCGUCAAGACGCUGGAGGAAGAGCUCAACACGGCGCUCCUGCAGCUCAAAGCAGAGCUGGGAUCACAGCAACCCCAACAACAGCACCAACAACAAGCACAACAGGAGCGCAGUGGCGAUGGAGAUGAUGAUAAUGCAAAGACACAGCGGCAGCAGAGGCGCGACUUUGCCAGUGCGCGGCGCACCAUGGAGCGCGCCAGCAGGCACCACGUCACCGCCGUUAACAUCCCUCUGAGCGCAGCGGUUCAUCGGCUGCGCCGCACAACGCACAUUGAUGAGCUGUGCAAUGUGGAUCAUGCUCGCCCACUCAUGUUUCAGCACCAGCGGUUCCAGGCCGCACGCAGCCUCACCUACACGCGCGACAUCAACACAGAGGACAUCCAACACGCCCUUCGGCAGUUCUUCUCCACCCUGGCCCAGGAGUGCGAGCUGCACCGAAAGCUGCUGGCGACGAGGUGGGCGGCGGUUGCCCACGCCAACCCGGCCGUCGCAGAGCAGCAGCGCCAUCUCCUCGACGAUGCUGUCCGCGCCGUCAGUGAGGAGGAGCAGCACGCGCGCGAAGCCACCCGCCGCCUCACCCCACAGGGGUCCACCCUGACGCCAAACGAGAACCGCGCCCUGCCGCAGGACGUGGAGGUCUACCUGCACCACGUCGUGGCCGAGUGCGCAGUCGCGCGCAAGUUCCACUUCUUCGCCAACCAAUGCCGCUGGCUCCCGCUCACCGAGAGCGCGGCCCUCCGUGAGGAGAUGCACAAGCCCGGGUUCGUGGCAGACAUGACCAUCCCCGGCGGCAUCACCGAUCACAUUCGCCUGGCCACCAGCAUGCAGUCGUCCACGCAAUCGCUGCGGCCGCCUUCAGCCCACCGCCUCUCGUCAGCGUCAAACAGCACCAACAACACUGCCACAGACGCCAGCCUCGGGUCGACUGCAGCAGCACCGCCCAUCUCGUCUGCCAGCGUGUCUGACAUCGACCUCGUGCGCGUGCGCCCGCCGGAGAUGUCCACGGACGUGGAGGGAAACUACGCCUGGCUGCUGGUAAUGGCGGCGGCAUGCGGUAUUGAUCCGCCCGCGCCAGGCCGCCACUACGACGAGGUGGAGCUCUUCUACCUUGUCAAGCGCAUGUUCCGCGGACUGUUUGCUGCGCAGGCGUCCCACGGCCAGCACCGCGUGUACCCGGCAAAGCCGGAGGAGGAGGCCGCAGCACUGUCGUCGACACAGCGCGCACAGAGCAGCCAGGCAGCGGCAGCAGCAACAGAGGCAGCAAUGGGCAGCGAUGAGCAUGUAGCGUCUGCCUACGGGCUCGGCAGCACGAGCAGCAGCGACACCACGUCGCACCCGCACUCCGCACGGCCACCGUCGUCAUCAGUGCACACGUCAGCGCCGAGGGUCAUGUAUGUCAAGGGCAUGGGCAGGGUGUUGCAGCUGCUGCCGACGCUGGACCAGGUGCAGGAGAAGCAGACGGCGCGCCUCAUGCGGCUGCGGCGCUCCCCGGAUGAACUGCUCAAGACUGAGGCCGAUUUUGUCAAGCGACACGACGUGGAGUAUGCACAGUUGCACCUCAAGCAGCGGCUGACCACGCUCGUGGCCAUCGCGCACCGCGUCGCACAGGCGCAGCGCCGGCGCUACAGGCAGCAUGGCGGGCACCACGCGCACCACAAAUCGCUCAACGUGUCCUCCCACCAGGACGGCGAGCUGUUCUCUGGUGCUGUGUGGAACUCCAUGUACAAGCCCAAGCCCCGCGCCCCGGACACCCGCCACCGCCACCACCACGACACUGCCGGGGAAGAGGAGGACGGCGUUGCUGGCGCCCGUCCACGCAGUGGUCUUCACAGCGCCCGCAGCGCAGGGGCCGGUGGGCGGUCGGGGCUGCGGCGGCAGGGGAGCCAGUUCCCAGAUGGCAGCGGCGUCGACGACAGGCGUGACGCCCAGGGCGACAGUGAAGCUGAGGACGAGGGUGAGCGAGCACCACCCAACGGCACGAGCAGCAGUGGCGGUGGGCACAUCUCCAGCAACGAAAGUGUGCUGGGGUAUCUGUUGCUUCGCCACAUUCACACGCGCGCGCUGCGAGAGGAGGCACAAUCCAUCCUCAACUACGCGUCGUCCGUGGCACGCACCCUCUCCCAUUUUCUCAAGCAGGUGCAGAUGAGCACCCGCAUCUCCACGGACGACCUUGACCCGGUCUACAGCAGCAGCAGCAGCAACAGCGGCGUUGACGUUACCAGCAGCACGAUGAAGAUUGUCGAGGUGAGAAGCGACACCGAUGACGAGGACGAAGCAGCUGCAGAGGACGCCGCAGCCGACACCACCUUCAUCCCCGACACGUACGCGUACCACGACCCCAUUAUUGAGGUGCGCGACCGAAACGGCCUGCCCGUGUUGUACAAGGAGGCUGUGAGGGCGUUUGAUGAUUUGGAUGGCACCUUGCUCGCGCUGGGUACACACUACCUGCACCGCGCUGCGGGCGACUCCGCGCCGCCCACGCCUGGCCGCAGGCGCAAGAAGGCAGCACAGCAGAAGCAGCAACAGCAGAAGCAAGGCCGUGAGCGACGCGGAGGCGGUGACAAUGCUCAUGGCACAGCCUCAUCUGAGGCUGCGGGGAAGUCCUCCAAGUCAUCAUCGUCCCUCUCAGCGACAGCAUCAACAACAACAACAACAACAACAACAACAACAACAACAACAACAACAACCUCAGCAGCAAGCAAGGGUGCUUCAACAACGUCUGGCAAGGGCGGAACGCGGGGCCGCCGCGCCCACACCGCAUCUGUGCUGGAGGACGCAUUUGUCGACAUUGACAAGUACGGGCGGGCAAGCACGGACAGGGCUGCUGUGCUGCACGACCUGUGGCUGUGGGAGGUGGCCUUCCAGCGGGAAAAGCGGCGGUUGCUCGACCACUACAUGUGGGCGCUGCACCACUGCCGGCAUCCCCAGCGCCGCCUUCAGCUGCUGCAGGUGGCAUUUGACCUCAUCCACAGACGCCCGCGGUUUGAUCUAGAGGACGACUACUUUGCGCAGUCGUACUUCCUGGCGUGCGAAGGCCUGCGCCUGGAGAAGAAGCUCGUGGCAGAUAUGGAGAAGCACUUUGCUUCGUUGCCCCCGCACCUGUCCCCUGUCGGGGCUCGCUCGCCUGUCGCCACCAGCAGCGACAGCGGUACCGCAGCAGCUGCAUCAAACAGCAGCGUCGGUGGCAGCGUGUCCUCGCCAUCACGCCGCACGUCCAUGCGUGCACCGAGCCGCCCCUCCGGCACAGGCCCGCUCUACUCGCGCCGCCGGUCAUCUGUUGCGUGGGCCGAUGAUGUCGGCAGUGGCGGUGGCGGUGGCGGUCGACGCACGUCAUCCUUCUCCUUCAACGCUCGCCCGUCCACGCGCGGGAGAAAUGGGACCGAUGAUGAUGUGUUUGGCGCUCGCAGCGGCACCGGCGAUGGUGCAGAUGUCAAUGCCGGUAACAAUGGCGCUGGUGGCGGUGGUGGUGCUGGUGGUGCUGGCGACCGCGUGGAUGUCGUGCACACGUUCACUGCAGACGACAGGUCCAUGCAGCCGCCGCCCUUCGCCCUGAGUGAUGUGCAUGUCGCCACAGAUGUUGUUGCUCUGCUCCCUGAUGUGCUCUCGUUUGCUGUGGAGGAAGCAGCACGCAUCUGCCGGCCGGAUUCCCACACAACGUUCCUGCGCCUGUACAACGGCGUGCUUGUGCGCUGUCUGCGGGCAUUUGAGCGGGAGUGCGAGGCUGCUGGCAUUGGGCGCGACUGCUCUGAGGGCACGCGGCGGUUUGCUGUGAACCAGUUCCUGGACACGCCAGCUGCCGUUGUGAGCUGCAGCCAAGGGGCGGCGCACGACCAGGGUAAGGCCGCACUGGAGAAGGGCGCAACAGACAUGGAAGUGACCAAGGUCAAGCUGAAGGUGGCGUGCACCACACUUGAAUUUGUGCGCAGCAGGCACUUGCUGCUGCAGUCGUUCCAAGAGAGUGUGGUGCUGAUGAGAUUGUACCGCAGCAUCUGUGACAAUCUGCGUCUUGGAGAGCACCACGCGUUCACCCGACCCGUCACGUUCAAUUCAGCCACCCUGGCAAAGGUUUCGGAUUUGGCGUCAGAAGACCCGUUUGUGUCUGGGCGCUACGACUUUGCCUUGGCAGAGCUUGACGAUGUGAUGGUUGAGAACGCCAUCGCGUGCACCCCGGAGCAGCUCGCCACGUUCAUUGACAAGAGCAUGGGCAGGAGCACAAAGGCCGAGCUCCAGCCGCAAGACAUGGCAGGCUGCCGGGCCAAGGACAGCAAAACCAACGACGGCAGCAGCGACGCACACGUACGCCGGGAGGUGUGGCUGUACUCGGGGCCGCUUGGGGACCUGCGAGCACUUCUGCAUGCCCAAACCGUGCACCUGCACCUGCUCACGGCCUGCGUGAACCAUGCUGAGGUGUUCCGUGGGUGCUUCACGCCAGAAGCACGCCGCAUGCACGACGCCAUCCAGCGGCUGGUGCGGGAGGAGCAAGAGGAUGUGGUGGAGCAGCGCAAGACACCGCUUGAGCUCGCAGCAACACUUGGAUUCGUAUCUCUGCAGCUGGUCAAGCGACGGGCGCGCGCGGCGAUGCACGAGCAGUACUUCCGGCUCACGUCGUCCCGUGAUCCGUUUCUGCUCAAGCGCGAGAUGGUGUAUCUGUUUGGCGAGAAGGUGGCCGAAGAGCAAGAGACCAUUGUACUGCGCACACAGCUUGCCACGUAUCUCGCCAGCCUGCAACAACUGCUUGACGCCUUUCCCUCCACUCGCGACUACUACUUCUUGGCUGGAUCGCCAGACCUCCAUGAUAAGCGAAUGAAGGAGAUGAACGGGAUGAUGGAUGCCCCGAGCGCGCGUCGCACGAUGCUUGAGGUCAAGAUGAGCGAGCAGCAUCUCUCCGAGGCGCAGGAGCGCUCCCAGCGUUCUCCAUUGCAGAUUCUCUCGCGCAACGCAGACACCCUCCUCAACCUCUGGUAUUUACCGUUCCCUGAAGAAAUUCUGCAGCUCUACAGCCAUCUCCCCGCCAACGGCUGCAAGUCUGGGUUCGAGGCGACACUGCAGCUGCUGGCGCCGCUACACGACAUUGUCAUGUUCCUGUGUGCACACGCGCGCCUCGGCAGCUCGCAUGCGCGGCUGGGCACGUACGACGUGGCCUUCCAGGGCGUGGGGGCCGACUGGGGCGGAACGGAGGGCAUUGGCACGGAGCUGAGGAAGAUCAAGAAGGAGCUGGGACAGCUGCCAGAGCCAUCAAACCCAGCCGUGGUUGCGGAGUAUCUGAAACGAAAGCGAGACAUGAUGUUUCUGGAGUGGAACAUCACUGUGAAGCAUUACGUGCGGGAAACGUUUCUUGGAAUGCAGAAUCAGCAUGCGUACGACAUUGUGACCGCCAACAUCCACACGGGAUUGCCACCCCUGGGAUCUGCAUUCAAGCAACCAAGCGUUCUUCUCUGCAAGACAGAUGUUCUUCCUCGCCACGUCGACGCGGCAACUCAGCGGUCCCGCUUUGCAACGGCGCACUUUAUGUCGACAAGCGGCCCAUUCGUGCUGUGCGAGCCGUUUUACUCCAAAGUCACUGAGUACAUGGAGAUGUGUCUGUCGAAGCUGACGGACAUGGAACGGCACACGUCCAACGGCGAAGUGCUCGGGCUCAGUCUUCUUCUCGAGGACAUCUCAGAGCAGGAGUUUGGAACGGAGGAGAAGAACCCGCUGCAGCGGUUGCAAAUGCUGUCUGAGUUUCUGGUGACGUCCACGCAACUUGAGCAGCUGCGCGUGGAGUGGGGCCGCGUUAUGCUCGGUCGCCCCAUCGAUAAUCCGCAGGCCUUUGAGGAGUUUGUUUCGCUCUUUGAUGCAGAGGUCGUCAACCCGGUCGUGCGCCAGAUCAAGGCCACCAUGCCGGUUGAGGAUCACGUGCACGCAACAAAGACGCAGCUGCGCUCCACCGCGGGCUCGCUCGUCGGCCACGGCACCGCCCUCGAGCUCCAUGGGCUGCCGGAGUGGGAAUACCGCAAGAUGCUGGUGGAGGAGCUGAAGGCGCAAAUUGAGUGCCAACUCAUUCGCGACACCAUGACGAUUGUGACGCGUGUGCACACGCGCGUGGUCGAGGAAGCGACACGUGAAAACGACCUGCUGCCCUAUCAACUCUGGCUCUCGGGAGCAGCCCAGUCAACACACGUGCAGCUGCGCCGCCGCCGAAAAUCCGUGGCUGGAUUGAACAUUCCGCGCCACAUUGCGCGCUGCUCCCUCGCUCGCGAUUUCGUGCAUGAGAUUCUGUCGCAGUGCCGGCAGACGGAGGGCGACACAAACGAAGUGGCCGUUCCCAUGCAGCACUUGCUCGAGAGCUUGCAGCAGCUCUGCAUCAACAUCAGCACACGCGAGAAGGAGCGGUACAGCGCAUUCAACGGCCUCUACAAUGCGGUUGUGCACGAAUUGCAGCAACGGUUGCAGAGUGCAGAGAAAUUGAUUGCACAGAUGCAACAAGACUUUGCGGCAGACUUGAUCCGGAGACAACACGAGGUCCAGUGUGGCAUUGCCGACCGCACACAUCACCUGGUGCAGGAGAUCACGGCCCUGCGGUCAAAGGUGUCCCGCCUGCGCGAGGAGAAGCAGACGCAGGAGCGCGACAUACGCGAGCGCGUGAAGCGUGACUAUGACGACCUGGUGAACAACCUGUUCUCGACCAGCUUUGCUCUGAAGAACCGCUUUGAGGAGUACCGCCUCAGCCUCUACGAAGACGUCGUACAGGGCAUGUUCGAAGUCAGAAAGAAUGCGCUUCAACGCAUGAAGAUGAUCAGCGUCGGGAAAAGCACCGAAAAGCUUGAGCGCGGGCUCAACCGCGCAGAGGAUUUGAGGAACGUGCAGAGCGAAAACGCCAGCCUCACAGCACUCGUGCUCAAGAUGCGGACCAUGAACGACUGGAAGCGCACGGGUCUUCGCUCCUUCUACGGCCAGCGCGUGUAUCAGGCCAUGCAGGUGGCAACAGCCGUCAAGAAGGAGCUUUGGGAGACACAACUCCAGAUGGAGGAGAAAGCGACGCAGCACCAGCACGAGGUGACAGCGCUGAGGGCCGAGCUCGUGCAGGCGAAGAAACGCAUCGAUCUCCUUGAACACAACUACAACGAAGAGAAGCGCGCACGACAGGCGCUGCAGCAGUGGAAAGCGAGCAAAUCGCAGCUGAUCACGGCUGUUGAGCAGCAGGCGAAGAAAUACGCGCGGUUGAACGUCGACGUGGACGACAUCUUGGAGGAGCUUGAGACGCGCACACGGGAGGUUGACGAGUUGAGGACAUCACUGGAGCGAACGGAGAAAUCGCACACGCUGGAGAAGGGCCGGCUGAAAAGCGAGCUGAAGAAGAUUCAGCAGCAGCUGUCGCAAGAAAUGCAGGCGAAGCAACAGCUGUUGUCGCAGGCGAUGGCGGAACAUGAGCAUGAGGAGGACAGUGACGAUGUGUUUGAUCGGGCAGCGACAACCACCCCUGCUUCAGCCAGACCGUCCUCGUCACGGCUUCGUCUCUCUGCGCAGAAUCGUCGGCUUCAACGACCAACGUCCGCCAUCAACACACGUACUCUCCACUCGCUCUGCAACCCUCACGCCACGGGGUCAGCCCGCUCCCUCGUCCCCCCCCGCCUUGCUGCGGACAGCACGUCGUCGUCACGGCGCGCGUCGUUUGCGAGCCAGGAUCCCGAAACCACGAGACUGGCAGAGAGUCUGCGGCUGCAGCUGACGACGGGCAAGUCCGCCCCACCGUCCCCAACUCAGCCCCCAGGAUCCCCGGGGCCAUGA